GCAGAGUACGGGGGGCGGCGUAGCUGAAUGAGCGCUGAGCAAGAUGGCUGAUAGACCUGUGCCCUUGUCCGAGAAGAAUCUGUUGGAUGUGAAGUUGAGUCAACUUCCAACAUGGGCCGGAACGAGGGACUUCACCCCCAAUGGCAUUAUCUCCGCUAUUCGCCGAGGGCAUGACCGAUUUUUCAACAAGUACAUCAACGUCAAGAAGGGUGGUAUUGGAGGCAUCGCGAUGCUGCUGACCGGUUAUGUGGUGCUGAGUUACGUCUGGGAAUAUGAUCACAUCAAACAUGACCGAUGGAGGAAGUACCACUGAAAGACCCUGGUUCUUCUGCCACACUUUGUAGUGAGUGAUACAUGUCACAGCAUGUUAAAUGAGUGUUCUGUACAAAGUGAUGUUCAUGACCAAUAAAGCUUAAAUAUUAUAAUCAGUU